UUUACUGCGUAACUAUCAGUUGAUUACUAUGUCAGUAUGUACAUCUGCGACUGCUGUAAUUUUAAAACAACGCGACUGUUUAAUUAUCAGAGACACCUGAGCAGAGCUACACACGAGCGGCAAGUGUUUUUAACUCAAGAGAACAAUUACUCUUUCUCACCUGGAUCUAUUGAACCCCCUUCGGAUUUCGUGUCGACAGCCUUCUCCGGCAGUGAAGAAGACAUAUUUAUACAAGUAAACCAUGAAACACUAGAUGAAAAUGAAAACAGAACUAGCGAGACAGAUCAAUCUGACAAUGAUUUCCAGGAAAACCACCAAACAGCAGAUGAAAAUGAAAACUGUAAUACUAAUAGUAAUAACGAGACAGGCCCAUCUGACAAAGCCCCAACAUGGUAUCCUUUUUUAUCCAAAGCUGAAAUGUUGCUGUACAUCUUUAUGAAUUCUACAACACAUCCAGUUAGUGAUGAAAUAGUGAAGUAUAUCAUUUUUAUGAUGGGAGAACUGAAUGUGACAGAUGUCCCAACUCUGCAGAGUUUGAAAAAUAAAAAUAUUGGAGACUUCAGCUGGAAAGAUUUUGUGACAAAAUCUACAAGUGAAGAUGGCAUUCCUGUUUGGUCGAUGAAACCAUCACAGGUAUUAAGGCUCAAUAUGGCACAUCCUAAGAUCUCAAAGUCACUCAAAAGAAGUGCUGAUGAAAAUGAAGUUAUAAGACAUCCUGCCAAUGGAAAAAAAUGGAUUGAAGAUCUGAAUUUUAACUGCCAAACCCAAGAUGGACAAUCUGUAAUCACAAUCCCUUUCAAUAUGUUUCUGGAUGAUACAGCCACUCAUAAAAGUAGACGCUGGAUGCCACUACAUUGCAUUCAGAUGCAACUAUCAGGGAUUCCAAUAGAUAUGAGACAGAAACAAGAGACAAUUCAGUUCUUGGGAGCAACAGAAAAAGCUGACAUUAUGGAUGUUGCAAAGAUAAUAAUAGAUGAUGUCAAGAGCAAUAGAAAUGGAAUUGAGACCUUCGAUGCAGCCAAUAAGAAGAAAUGUUUUGUGACAGGAGUAGUUGAUUGUAUCGUUGCUGAUUUUAACAUGAUGUCAUAUUGUUGUAAUCAUCUUGGAGCAACAGCUCAGAAGUACUGUCCAAAAUGUUAUGCUGAUGCAGAUCACUUUAUGUCGCUGUGCCAGAAAAGAACACCAGCAGAUACUAAGCUCCAGUUAAACAGACUUAGUUUGAGAUCUCUUGAAAAGGAUAAAAAGAAAUUUAGGAAGAAAAAAGGUGUGAAAGAGCAUGACAAUGUUAUGUGGGAUGUAUUGGAUCCACACAGAGAUAUUCCAGUUGGUCUUCUCCACUUAUUACCUUUAGGAUUAAUUAAACAUUUAAUCCAAUACAUAUUUAACAACAUUGGAAAAAAUGUUAAGACCAAGCUUAUGCAUCAUUUGCUGUCUAUUUACCCUGGAGCACAAUUUCAUGAGUUUGAUAAACAUUUAGGAAGUAGACAAGGGAAGGAUUUUAAAGAAUAUUUGCAAAUAGCACCAAUUAAUAUGUUGUAUGCUGGUGUUCCAAGAAGAUAUAUUAAGAUGGUGACUAGUUUGGCUCUGAUCCAGAAGAAAUUGAAUGAAACCUCAUUUUGUUCAGAAGAUUUGGACAAAAUAAGAGAGGAUAUUAGAGAAUAUCAGCAACUUAUAUACCAGUAUGCCCCAGAACUAACCAGAAAAGUAAAAGCACAUCUUUUGCUACACUUGGUAGAUGAUAUUGAAAGACAUGGCCCUCCAAGUGGUUUCCUUGAGGAUGGUUUUGAAAAAAAACAUGGAAAUAUAAGAAACCUUAUAUUCCAACAGAACCAAAAGGCCAGGAGUCGAGACACUGCCUUCAAGUUUGCACAAAACUUUUUGUGUUUCCAUGUGAUUACAGGAGGAUAUUUUGAAAGGAGCAGAAUAUGGACACAAGCAUCUGCCAAAGUACUUGAAUCUGGAGAAAAAGGUCCUAUUCUGAAAUUUCUUGGUAUAACACAAGAAAAAACCAAAAUACCAGGAAGAAUUUCGCUUCUGAAAAGAGAUGGAAAUGGACAUCCAAUCAUUGAGAAUGAAAAGCAAGAUGCGUUGUUACGCAUGUCCCUCCAAAUUGCAUCAAUAGUUGAUAACAAUGAUUACACAAUUGAAAGAGGGACUGGUGUAUGUGCUCAGAAUGGUGAUCUAAUACAUGCUGGUGACUGGGUGAAAUACAGAAAUAUAAAUAGUGAUAUCUGCUAUGGUAUUUUCAAAGAAGCUAUGAAGAUCUGUCCUAAAAGAGGAUCUGUGAAAUUAAUAGCUGUGGUAUUGAAAUGUACCAUUACUGGUGAUAAGGUUGUGCAGUGUCCUGUUUUGAGACUUUCAAAUCUUAAAGAAUAUGUGCCUACCCUCCAAAUAUUAUCUAACAGUCAAGUUAUACACAGCUGUCAUGAAGCUAGAUGUAAAGUUAUCGAGGGAUUGAUCACAGAAAAAAUUGAACAGGAAAACAUUGUCAGAAGAACAGUCACCUUUAACCAUAAACUUCAGUGUCAAACCUAUUUAUUGAAUGUAUUUAAAUUUUAAGACAAUAAUGUAUAUGUUGUGUAUAAGUUGUAAGUUUGUACAAAUUGUAAUUUGUACAGGUUUUUUGUACAAGUUAUAAGUUGUUUGACACAUACCUUCUAGUAUCAGGUGAUACAGAUUUAUCUUCUUAAAUGUACAUGUUUAUCUUUUGAAUUCAAAUUUAUAAAAGCCAACAUAACAUUUGGUUAUAUACUCCUUGUACUCAAACUGGAAAUAUAAAUAUCUGAAUGGUUUAAAUUCUAAUAAUGUUUUUUUGUAUCAAUGCUCAGUAUUAUGCAUUAUCAUGAA